AUGUGUCAAGUGGGCGAGGACUACGGCGAGCCGGUGCCUGUGAAGGCGGCCCCGCCGCGGCCGGGCCGGGAGAAGUGUGUGAAGUGCAAGGAUGGAGUUCCCGUCCUGGUCAUCAGGGCAGGAGAUGCCUUCUGCAGGGACUGCUUCAAGGCCUACUAUGUCCACAAAUUCAGAGCUGUGCUCGGCAAGAACCGACUCAUCUUCCCAGGAGAGAAGGUCCUCCUGGCGUGGUCGGGUGGGCCAUCAUCCAGCUCCAUGGUCUGGCAAGUCCUGGAGGGCCUGAGUCGAAACUCAGCCAAGCAGCUUCGGUUUGUUCCUGGGGUCGUCUAUGUAGAUGACGGGGCAGCUUGCGGCCGCAGUCUGGAGGACAGAGCUGAGACCCUGGCUGAGGUGCAGUCUGUCCUGCGCUCCACCGGCCUGCCGUGGCACCACGUCGCCCUGGAAGAGGUGUUUGACCUGCCCCAGUCUGUGCUGUGGGGCUUCCGCCAGGAGCCAGUUGUGGAGGAUGGGGCCUACAAGGAUGCUGUGGACGGCUUCAUCCGGCAGCAGCAGGGCCUGGGAACACAGGGCACUACACACAGUCCCAGCCUGGCCACCGGGGAGGAGCAGUCCCGCCAGCCCAGCCACCAGGACCCCCAGAACCUGGCAGGCUUGCCCACAGCAGCCCAGACUGAGGCCCUAUCCAGGCUCUUCACCUCGGUGAAGACACUGACCGCCAAGGAGGAGCUUCUGCAGACCCUGCGGACCCACCUGAUCCUGCAUGUGGCCCGCACCCACGGCUACUCCAAGGUCAUGACGGGGGACAGCUGCACCCGCCUGGCUAUCAAGCUCCUGACCAACCUGGCCCUUGGCCGAGGGGCUUUUCUCGCCUGGGACACGGGCUUCGCCGACGAGCGGCACGGGGAUGUGGUGGUGGUGCGGCCCAUGCGUGACCACACGCUCAAGGAGGUGGCCUUCUACAACCGCCUGUUCUCCGUGCCCACAGUGCUCACGCCGGCCGUCGACACCAAGGCCCCUGAGAAGGCCAGCGUCCACCGGCUGAUGGAGGCCUUCGUUCUCCGGCUACAGACCCAGUUCCCGUCCACUGUCAGCACUGUGUACAGGACAAGCGAGAAGCUGAUCAAGAACCCCCGAGCUGGCCAGGCUACUGGGCCCUCCUGUCCUGCCCUCCCCUGCUGCCUGCUCUGCCUGUGCACACUGGAUGUGGACAGCGCUGACAGUGCCACAGCUUUUGGGGUUCAGACUGCCAUCACCACCUUUCGGAAGCAGACUCCCACCCCACAGGCCCAGGCUGAGGAGCCCCUAGCAUCCUGCUGUGUGGCAGGGCGUGGGGGGGACGAGGAAUGCUGCAGGGGGGCCAGGCCCUGUGAGAGGGUGGACCUGCGGAGCUGUGUGCUUGAGCAUCUGUGCUACAGCUGCCGCGUGAACAUGAAGGACUUGCCCUCUGUGGAUCCCCUCCCGCCCUACAUCCUGACUGAGGCUCAGCUCCGCAGACACAGGGCCCAGGAGAUCCAGGAGUUCCUGAUCGAGGACAGUGAGGACGAGGCGGACAAGGCGGAGUUGGGCCAGAGCUGA